UAUUUUAGAUCAGUCAGUCAAAAGUUUAAUUGUAAUUAAUGCUGGUGGUUUGUUUUGUCUUUCAAGAUCUCUGCGUGAAGAUCCUAAAAGAGGAUAAAAAAUGCCCCGGGUCCAGCCAGCUUGUAAAAUGGAUGCUAGGAUGCUACGAUGCCCUGCAGAAAAAAUAUCUCAGAUUAAUCGUCUUAGCAGUCUAUACCAACCAGGAGGAUCCCCAGACGGUUACAGAGUGUUACCAGUUUAAGUUCAAAUACACAGACGAAGGACCUUCCAUGGAUUUCAGAAGUCAGCAGAGUCAAUCGAGCAUCACAUGCGCUGAUACGAAGAAAGCGAGUAUCCUGCUCAUCCGGAAGAUUUACAUCCUGAUGCAAAACCUGGGCCCGCUGCCUGAUAAUGUCUGCCUGACAAUGAAGCUGUUCUAUUACGAUGAAGUUACGCCGCCUGACUACCAGCCCCCUGGAUUCAAGGAGGGCGACUGCGAAGGGAUGGCCUUUGAGGGGGAGCCCAUGUACCUCAACGUUGGGGAGGUUCCCACCCCAUUCCAUAUGCUGAAAGUGAAAGUGACCACCGAGAAGGACCGCAUGGAGCGUGUGGACAAAGCCAUCCUAAAGGAGGACGCCAGCCUUGCUUCCGUGCACCUUCAGGAAGACCAGCAUCAAAAAAUGGAUGUAAGAGUGUUGGGGUUUACUUGUAUGCUUGAAGAAAUACGUUUCAUGUUAUGCUUGUGGGUCACAAUGACGCCACUUGCUUUGCCCGCCUUCAAAAUCAUCGAAACGGUUCCGUUGGAAGAACAUCCUUGUUUUGUGUACUUUACGCAGGAAGAUUUUGUGCCAGAAAACAAAACAGGAGGGCAGAAGAAUGCAAGCAGGAAGCUGCACCCAGAAGAACCAGACCUGAUUUGCACAGAGGAAGAGAAAACCACAGAAGAAUUCCCGAGCUGCCCCAUCAGUAAUUCUAAGGUGGAUCAUUUAAUAAGCAAGACAUCAGAACUUGAAGUCACCGAGAGCAGGACCCGAAGCGGGAAAAAAUUUAUGGGAAACAUAGGUGCCGCCGCCGCCGCGGGAAACACAAAGCAGAGACCCUCCAAGGGUGCCGAAGCCCAGAAGAGAAGGAGCUCGGAACUGGAGAAGCCUGUUUAUCCUCUGGAUUUCUCAUCCAGCCAAGACCUGAGUCCCAAAAGGAAGAAAAUCAGCCAGCCCAAGGAGGAGUUCUAG